AUGCCGCCGAGCCCACCCCGAAGACUGAGGAACGUCGUCGUCGCCGCCGCCGUCGACGCCUCUGCGGCUGCUGCGACCGCGCCCCGCGGGGGCUUUUCAGGCGCUUCCCGGCCUCAGGGGAAGCAAAAUGUCCCAUUUCUCUCACGGGCAAUUUGGGCCUCCGAGCUCGAAGAAAAACUCGCAAGUGGCAAGGCCAGCGGGCUGGUCUUCGGGGACAGCGUCCCGUGUCGCGGCCGCCAGUCCACCCUGGAGGCCGCCAGCGCAACGGAGCGCGGGACGAGGAGCCCAAGCCGGGGUGGGUGGCGGCCCCGCACCUGUCCCGACAAGCACGCUGCGGGGCCAAGUGCGGGCAGCCUGCGUCAGGCGCCAGCCCCCGCCUCCCGCGGCCGGAACCCGCGUGGCCGCGCUGAGUGGACGGCGCGGCCUCCAGUUAACCCGCGCGGCGCGGUGACCCUGUUGCCCCUGCGACCCCGGGGCACCCCAGUGGAAGCAGCCACGCAAACGGGCGAUGACCGCACAGAGGCAAACCCGCCACCCCAGACUCCGGCGUCAGGGGCAGGAGCCACCCACGGCUGGAGAAGUCGGCCAGGCCACCAUCCCCCACUAGCUGCCACCUCGCUCACCCUCCUCACUUUGACCUACAGGAUAUGGGUCCGCCUCCUUUAUUUUCACCUGACACCAUCCCCUGCUUGUCUUGUGCUGCCCAUUCACACUGGCCUUCUUUAUGUUUCCCCAGGACACUAAGCUCUUUUCUGCCACAGGGCCUUUGCUGUCAUGGUACACUCUCUCUGGACUCUUCCCCCUCCCCCCGCCCCUCAGUUCUCAAGGCUCAGCUCAAACGGCCUGUAAGCACAGAGGUCUCGUCAUAGCAGCCUUGUUAAAGUAGAGCCCUCUACUCUCCUAUUGCCUGGUUUUACUGUUUGAUACCCCAUAUCACUACAUGAAAUGAUCUACUAUUGAUGUGUUU